AUACUGCAGUAUUUGCUCAUUCCUCACAACGACAACAUUUGUAAUCAGUGAAAGAUUUUUUUUGAUGCGUCCGAGAAAUCGUGUUUAUUUUACAAUUGUGAUUAACAUGACUAAUUAAUAAAAAUAAGAAAAUAAAAUAAUUAAUUUGCUUGUAAAAUUGUGGUUCGUCAGUUAAUGGUCAAUUUGAUAACGAAAUAUAUAAAAAAAAAGUUUCUCAGUUAGAAUAAAGUUGAAAUUAUGAAUGGAGCUGUGGCGCAAAAUGACGGCGAAGACAAAACGAUUCGAAGAGGUACACCAGCGAUAUACAAAUUUCUUCAUUCUUUGACCUCCACAGAACAUAAAGAUUCGGCCAACAGUGUACUGCAUGAGAUGAUAAUGCACAAAUUACGCAAACGCAUCGAACAUCUGCAGGAGAAUGUUGUUCAGGAGGUUAAUAGCAAAUUGGACGUUUUUGUUGACGAAUUGGUUAACGAACUGAAUCGUUUCGACAUUCAAAACACCGAAUUGGCCUUGUUGUUUAAGGAACAGAAUGGCAAACAGAGCAAUUCUGUAAAUAGGGCACCAAGUACUGACGCUAAUCACCUGCCUGAAAAAGAAUUUGCUGCAAGAAAUUCGCUGCUGAACGAUUUAUUCGAAAUCAAGCACAUUCAGACCAUUUACCACAUAUUCAUAGCGAUUCUCUUCAUACUCUGGCUGAACACACUAACCCAUGACUACGUGGCCGAUGGAACGAUCAAUUUGGGCUUAAGUCCGAUCAAAAUCGGUUUCGGUAAAUUUCAUCUCGCCUGCGUUAUCUGGUGCAUAUUACAGACAGUUUCAUGUCUCAUUUACGUGGCAUUUCGAAUAUGGGCAUCGGUUACAAGUAAAAGGCCUGUUAAUGCGGCCAAAGAUGGAAAGCCCGAUGUAUUCAGUAGAGUAAUGCUGGGAGUGUUUUCAGUGACUCAGAUCGCAUUAAUUUAUGGUACGGUGCGUCUGGUACUUUUCUUCGAUCUUCCUCCAGCAUCUUCGAUCACAAUUUUAAUGGAAAUGAUUAGAUUUGUGAUGAAGAACCACGCUUUCGUAAGGAGCAACAUACCGCGGGUCUUGUCUGCAAUUCAGAAAAGUGAAGGAUGUAAAAGUGGAAAAGAUGUUGUCCCGACAUUCCAGAAAUUCAUUUAUUUUAUGUUCGCUCCAACACUCGUGUACCGCGACCACUAUCCCAGAACCAAAUACAUUCGCUGGAACCGAGUGCUGUGGAAUUUAAUGGAAGUCCUCGGUGUCAUAUUCUACGUAAGUUUCAUUUUCGAACGUUUCCUGCUGCCCUAUUUCCGUGACUUCGGCACAACGGCCAUUCAGCCGCAAUAUCUUGUAUUGUCGAUCUUCGGUUGCAUGAUGCCCGGUACGAUAGCAUACCUGUGUGGAUUCUACUGUCUCUUACAUGCCUGGAUGAAUGCCACCGCCGAAAUGCUGAGAUUCGCCGAUCGCAUGUUCUAUAAAGAUUGGUGGAAUUCGUCGUCAUUCGACGUGUACUUCCGCACUUGGAACAUUGUUGUUCACGACUGGCUGUACACCUACAUCUACAAAGACGUGUACGAAAUUGUCUGCAAGAAAUCCAGAGCCAUGUCAGCGUUGAUCGUAUUCACCACAUCGGCACUGUUUCACGAAUUGAUUUUGGCUGUGGCGUUUCGAUUCUUUUAUCCGGUUUUGUUUGUAAUGUUCCAAAGUUGUGGCUUUCAGUUGAUGUUUAUCAGAAACAGAAAACAUAGCUCAUUUGGUAACACUUUUCUGUGGAUUGGAAUGGCCAUCGGGAAUGGCUUGUGCAUCAGUCUGUAUAGCAUGGAGUAUUUUGCCCGACAAAAUUGUCCGAUGAGUCAUGAGUCAAUAUGGGAGUACUAUGUGCCGAUAUCGUGGUCUUGUAACGGAAUACUAAUUAACGGAAGUUUUACUUCACCGCUCGAAAGUCAGAUGAGACUUGAGCUAUAGACUUAAGAUUGGAUCUAUUUAAUGUUUAAUUGAGGAAUAAAAUUUAGUUUCUACUUA